AUGGCAAAUGGAGCAAACGACGAACUUGGUAGUUUUUUUGCCGUUUAUCCUCAGUUCGAGUACGACCCACAAGAGAAAUCGUGGACCGCCUACAACCGCCUAGUUGACUUCUUUGGAUGGAAGACGAACAGCAAAAAGGAACGAAAGGCCCGGGACAAGUUCAAAAAGGCGCUUGUAGGGCGGUUUGGGCAGCUGUAUGGCACGGAUGAGAAUAAGCUGGAGGUGCUGCAGGAUCUUUGCCGGAAGGUUGGGAUAUCUCCCGUUCCGAGCACUAUAACGACUUGCAAAAAGGCUAUUAGCAAAGUUCACGUCAAUAUCGUCGAUUUCAUCGACUCGGAGCGGACUGGAGAGCCAGUUCCCACGUUUCGAAGCUUGAAGGAAUUUCAGGCGUAUACCACAAAGAGUUCGAAAGUGUUUCCGAAGAAGGAAGCCAAGAAAAGUGGGUUGUUGAGAUAUCUGCUUCGUAGGGUCUUUUAG